AUGGCAGAGUAUAAAGGUGCAUCGUCAGAGGGGCAGCGACAAGCCAUGCUGGAGAAGCAAAGAGCAAAAAUGUUGAGCGAGUUCGAAAAACAACGGGAAAAGAUCGCUAAAUAUGAUGAUGUAGAAGAUUCAUUAAAGAAAGAAACGAUUGGGUUGGUUAAGCUUGAAGAUUUUCAAAAGAUCAGAAAAGAAUUACAGGUUCAAAAAGAAAGAGAGGCUGCAAGAACUGCUGAGUUAAAAGAUGACAAAAUUAAAAAAAAGCGUAAAAAGAAGGAAGAAAAAGUUAAAUUAUCAUUUAAUUUGGAAGAUGCUGAUCACGAAGAAGAAGAUAAUGCUAUCAAAAGUGAAGCAUCAAAGAAAAAACCAAAACUAGGUAAAAAUCCUAACGUAGACACAUCAUUCUUGCCUGAUCGUGAUAGAGAAGAAGAGGAACGUAAGGAAAGGGAGCAGCUACGACUAGAAUGGUUACGGAAACAGGAAGAAAUCAAAA